CCGCAUUCCUCCUCGCGCCUCAGGGGGUUUGUUCGUCCUUGGUCUGCGUGUCUGGGAGAUUGGAGCAGUGCCUCUCCCGUCCCCUUUCCAUCUUCGUCAUCCUUAUCUCGGUACGACUCCCCGGUCACUGCCCUUUUGCAUCUGGCGGCGGAGAACCAGUUGGCGGAGCCAGCCCCAUCUGCCAGUGCCAGGCACGCCAUUGCCCAGUCCCUGGUCGGACCUGAGUCACCGUAUCCUGGCAGUCAUCGCCCACUCCUUGAUCGGGAACAACCAUCAUCGCUGGAUUAUCUUCGUCAUCCGAUUCUGUCAUUCCACCCCCGGGAAGCAGUAUGGCAGGGUUCCAGGCGGAUCCUGCGAUCGACAAGCGGGACUUUGACACCCAUCGCCCGUUAUUAAAUGAUGUCGACGCCAGGAGAGAGGAACAGCAACCACGCCCGGGAUCUAGAUUGUCUGCCACCAACAAUGACGACGGUCUUCUGAAUGACGUUGUCGACGAGAUACUGGAAAGGGAUAGAAGAAAAAUGGCCAAAGAAGUUGUGCGGGUCUGUAGUUUCGCUUGGGGAGUUAUCAGCUGUCUGGGGGCUGGUAGCAUUACGGCCUUUUCGCUGUAUGGGCCCCUAUUGCUCACUCGCCUUCACUACACUCAGCUCCGAGUCAAUUCCGUUGCAAUCGCCGCCGAGGUCUCAAUGUACCUGCCCGUCCCGUUGUUCGGAUAUCUUUGCGAUCGCUACACCCCAUCUCCUCUGGCAUUGUUCUCCGGUUUUGUGUUCGGCGCGGGCUACUUCCUGGCUGCGCUGGCUUACAAGAGUGGACCACCUCCCGAUGCCGGGGGUGAGGGUUGGCCGUUCUGGGUGAUGAUUGUGGCCUUUAUUGCCAUUGGUGUGGCCACAAGUUGUAUGUACCUGGCGGCGGUCGCCACAUGUGCGAAGAACUUUGGCCGGGGUAAGCACAAGGGGAUCAUGCUUGCUGUUCCUAUUGCAGGGUUCGGUCUCAGUGGCAUGUGGCAGAGCCAAGUGGGAACUUAUUUGCUCUAUGAGAGGCUUGAAGAUGGUACGCGUGGCAAUGUUGAUGUAUACCGGUACUUUGUAUUCCUCGCGAUAUUGCUGUUCUGCAUCGGUAUAAUCGGCACAUUUGCCCUUCGCAUCGUGGAUGAAGACGAGGAGAAAUACAUCGAUGAGGCCGUCGAAGAACUGGAACGAAGUGGCCUUCUUGAAGAAAGCGAGUUUUUCCGAUCAAGGAGUGAAGUCGGGGCCGCCUAUGGGACCUUCUCGCAGGCUGGCGACGGCACUGGAUCCGACGACCGAACGCUGGCCCUGUCGGAAGAGGAGCGAGAAGCAGCAAGACUUGAGAAGGAACGAGAGGAGGAAGAGCGCCGGAAGAAGAACUGGUUGUUAAACUACGAAACGCGGGUCUUUCUGCAGGACAAGUCCAUGUGGUGGCUUGCAGCAGGCUUUUUCCUGGUCACUGGACCAGGAGAGGCUUAUAUUAAUAACCUGGGCACCAUUGUUCAAACAUUGACUCCCAUUUCAAAUCCCCCCAACGCUGCGCCACCAGCGGGCCUGCCAUCAACGCACGUCACCACCAUCGCGCUCACCUCAACCAUCGCCCGGCUCCUGACAGGCUCGCUCUCCGACCUUUUUGCCCCGCCAGCAGUGCAUCUCUUCCCUGGCAGUCUAGAAAGCAACCGUCCUGCCUCUCCCACGUCAACGGAAAGCCGCACCACCUUCACCCGCCUGGCAUUCCUCCUUCCCUCCGCCUUCCUCCUGUCCCUUGGCUAUCUUCUUCUCUCAUCUCCGCUCCCCCUCCACCACCCCGGCCUCACCCACAUCACCACCGCGCUGAUCGGCCUCGGCUAUGGCAGCGCCUUCUCCCUUGUUCCUAUUAUUAUUUCCGUCGUCUGGGGCGUCGAGAACUUUGCCACAAACUGGGGCAUUGUAGCCAUGGUCCCGGCUGCGGGGGCGGCCGUCUGGGGUCUUGUUUAUUCGCAAGGAUACCAAGACGCCACGGACGGCGGAAACGGCACGACCGACGGACAGUGCCAUGGCUGGAAAUGCUUUGGAUUCUGGGCCGUAGGAUGCACAGUGAGUGUCUGGAUAGCCAUCGCAGCGUGGUUGAUUGCCUGGAGAUAUUGGAGACGACGGGGGGUGGUUGUUUGAUCAACCGAUUGGGUAUUUGCUCUCUUGCUUUUGGUAUAGCUUAGAUUGGACAUUCUCUCUGCACAGGCGUAUUUCAUUCUUCUCUCUUUUCUUACUUUCUUAUUCUAUGUUAUAUCUUCGGUUGGGAAGGAGUCUGGAUGCAGGUGUCAUCUAUCUGCCAUGUGAAUUAUUUCGGGUUGUCUAUGCAUGCUGUACCAUCUCAGCGGGUCUCGGUUCGGUCUUUCGUUAUCUAUCGGAGCCUUGGAUGUUUUUGGUCAUCCACGGAUAGCACAGAUUAAUAAGUGCUAUACAUGAUUUGAUUUACUCCCGAGGCUACUGGCUUUAUACAAACAGGGAAUCACAUGCCUGUCACAGUUAUACACAUAUACACACCCCCGUACUAUAUCCGGUUAUUCCCAUCGCGACAAUUCAUAUGUGAAUAUCAAAGAUCAAAAACAGAUAGCAGACACAAACCAGAUGCGCUCGGCAGUCC